AUAGAGAGUAGGGAGUUUGCUCGGGGAAACCCCAUGUUACCUUGACGUGGUGAUGUUAUCUGAGACAUUACCAUUACCAAUACAUGUGCAAUGGACAGUUGAUACAAGUGACUGUAAAUUGACGACAGUGCACUCGAGGUUUGAAAAUCAAAUCUAUCUGUUGGAGCCGUUUAAGAAUGUUUCGGUUUUUACUGGUAGUAACUUUGGUCACUGUGGUGACAGUGUGCUUUGAUGAUGAAGGCUGGAUGGAGGCUGAUGAUGGAGAUGACAUUGGCCUGGCAGACAUGUUGAAUGAGGAGGACAUUCAGGCAGUUCUGAAAAAGUAUGACAUAGAUGAUAAUGGAGAGCUGAGUGUGGAAGAACUGGACUUGGGAAGGGCGGACAUUUCAGCUGUUGUGAAACGGAAACAGAAGGAACAAAGACAGGAUCAUAGAGAUACCAUUGACAGAGCAGAUGAUGAGCCAGAGAAGCCUGAUGGAGCUGUUCUUGAAGAGAAGGAGAAGAGUACCACCAGCUAUAUAUUGUUGUCUGUGAUUGGUGGAGGUGUGGUGCUGGUACUGGCUGUGGGAGUGAUGAAGAGGCAGCAGACAGCAGCUUCUACCCCGAUGUCUCCAGAAACUCAGAGAUUACAUUUGAGGAAAAGGGAAGACUGGCUUGACAAGAUAUCCAGUCACAAUGUGGCACACAAGCAACAGGAAAAUGUGAUCAAUUUAAAGCAAUCCACACCAUUAUCUACAAAAAAUGCAAAAAGCAAAGCACAAAAAUCAAAACCUGACCUAGUUCAUUCAGAUGAAAAACAAACAAUACAACACUCUGAACACACUGUCACAUUAAACCCAGAAUUACAAACUGACCAAAACAUUGAGAAGAGUGAAAACAAAUCUGAUCAGUUAAAGUCAGGUGUACAAACAGAUCAGCGUGCAAGUGUGUCUUCCCAGUCCAAGACGAAAGUGUGCAGCACUCCUACAGACACGGCACAGACAUCUGAUCAGUCUCAGCAUAAUCAGGGGGAGAGACUGGGAGGAAAACAAGAUGAACCAGCAGAUGGAGCCACUGAUCUACAAGUAGCUGGUGAUGACUGGAAAGAGGACUUGUGUACCGAAGGACAAACAGCACAAGCACAGAAAGCACAAGCAAUGAGAGGACUAUCAACAUCAAACAAGAGUAAUUUGCGACAAUUCCUGUCCAAUGUUCUUGACUCUACCAUUGACCUCAGCACCACUAGGAAGACCAGAUACAGUCUGGGAAGUCUUACCAUCAAUGCUAAGGAUGUCCCCGAGAAGCCUGAUGGCAUCCCAGCAUUCCUGGCCGAAAUCAUGAAGAAAAUAGUUCCCCGUCAGAUUAGUCGCAUCAAGUAUGUUGUGAAGUGCUACAGCAGUUGUGAGGAGUUCCAGAGUCACUUUAAUGACCAACUGGUGACCGCUGCCUGUGAGUGGCUGAAACAGUACAGUGUUGGGGUCAUCAUGGACAACCUCAAGUCAGAGUCAGCUAAUGCAGAGGAUGACGAUCUGUGGUCUGACUAUGGCAAUACACAUGUCGCAAGUGAGGCUGUGAAGUUCCUGUUGUGUGUGACGGGUUGGUCGGAGGACAGUGUGCAGGUGCCUGCAAGCUUGUUGUCAAGGUUGCUGCAGCAAAGUGAGGACGCUGUAGGUGCUGCCAAGGGAGAUAACUCUGUCCUCUUCCUGACUGUAUUGCUGCAAGCGGCCGGACAACAACUGUCCAAUGUGGACAGGAUGGAUGAAGUGAUUCUCAGGGAGGGCAAGACACUAAGAGCUCUGGAAAUACUGCUUGAUAAUGGGACUGCGGGAGCUGUUUUAGCCAUUGCUCUAGAGAAGGAAGUGACAGAGGCUGCCCAGGGACUGGGCAAUUACUUUGAGAAGUCAUCACUGUUUGGUCCCCUCCUGGCAGUGUCCACGGUGCCAACCAAGUUCCAACAGAAACGCCAGAUCACCUUGACAGGGAAUGCAGCGUCACCAUUCACAUCUAUGAGGGGGUUCCCCAGAGUUACCGAGGCAGAUCUCCAUCUUGUUGAAUCAGCAAUCCAGGAGGGACUUCAUCGUUGUUGGAAUGUGGUGUACAACGCUCUGAAGAAAGUUGUAACCUCCAGAGCGUCGAGGGAGCAGGGCCUGUCCUGGAUCGCCAGUGUCAUCAACCUGAACGAGUUACGCACUUCAGCCCUGCUACAGAAUGAUUCGCAGGUUCAGGCCUGCUGCACUGAUGCCUACAUGAUGAACUUCUGUGGGAUGCUGCUGGAGUUCUUCCUGCCCAUCUACAGUGACAAGGCCAAGCUGGACAAGAUCAACCUGGGAUAUUCCACGUCAGAGGCGUGUCGGCUCAACUACGACUUUGAGACAUGUCUCGCUGGGGGACAGAUAGUGAGUGACAAAUCUCAAGAGCGAGAAGUGGGCACUGUCCCAGAGGAUCUACAGUCCCAACACAACUUCAUCACAGAAUGCUUCCACUUGAACCAGAGAGCCCUCAGUGUAGGCGUCCUACCUACCAUCACACACUACAACAGGAUGCAGAGAGACCUGCAGUUGAAAAUGGAGGCUGUAAAGGGAAGCAAUCUUGAAGAGGAGGUACGCAACCAGCAUGUUUUGCUGACGCUGAUGUGGGAUGCCUGUCUGUGUGACCAAGAACUUGUCCGUAGUGUCACAAUGUUCUAUCUCUGUCAGGCUCAACUACUGCAGAAUCUUUUGAAGGUAGCUGGAGAGGGAUCAUGUAAGGAGGAGGAGAAAGUGAAGGCAGAGAAGAAAGCUUUUGCCAUGAUACCAGAGUUCUGUGUGAAGGAUAUGGCCAUCUGGUUCCGGUUUGUCGCCACCCAUGCAGUCCAUGUCCACAAGGGAAUUCUACAGGGUCUUUCAAUCUCAACCUUUGUUGACUGCUGUGUGAGUCUUCUGGAGAGGCCUGACCUCAUGCCUGGUCCUAUCCCUGCCAGUAAGAUGGUCUCCUGUUUGCUCCAGUUUGUCAACUCAUCUAAAAGGCAAAGUUCAAGAGGAUGGGGCUCCGGUCUGAUGUCUGACCUGGCUGCGAUGGUGGAGACAUGUCCAUCUGUACAGAACCAGCUGGGCCCAGCUCUCCUCAGAACCUAUGUCAGCGUUGACGUCGUUGAGGGCCUGGAUGUGGACAAGGAUGAGUUUGACAAAUACUCGGCAAGAUCUGAGAUUGGCAAACUGAUCGAACACCUGUGGAGGAGGGCUGAUUGCCGGACAUCCAUCGUCCAGCAGUGUGAGAAGGAGAUAUUUCAGAACUUCCUGGGAGCCAUCCUAGACACACUACUGUACAUGCUCCACGACAGUCUCUCCCGGCUUGCCAACAUCAAGAAGAUUGAAGUGGCCAAACAGAAUGAACCUGAGUGGAAUGCUCUGUCUCUGCAGGAGAAGAAGGACAAGGAACACUUCCUGAAGAGCGAGGAACACGUAGGGAAAGGAUUCAUGGCCAUGGCUAACCAGACUCUGGAGUUUAUUGACUUGUUGACGAGAGCGGAGGAGGUGGCGAGAUGCUUCACACGACAACCACUAGCCAAGAGAGCAGCGUCAGUGAUCUGUGGGUUCUUAGAAUCUCUAUGUGGAUCCAAAGCAAAGGAUUACAAGGUGAAAGACUUUGAGAAAUACAACUUCAGUCCACAACAGCUACUGUUGCAAAUUACAACAAUCUUACUGAGAAUUGCCCGUGAGGUGUCUACCUCAAAGGACAACUUCCUGGUGAACGUGGCAACUGAUGCUGAGUUCGAUGCCAGUAAUCUGGACAAGGCCCUCUCUGUCAUCAGCUCCAAGGGCCUGGCAGAGGAGGACAGUCUCCAGCAGUUCCAGCACCUCAUACACCAGUUAAGGCAGCUCCAUGAGGAGACGAGGUCGGAUGAGGUGGUGGCCUCCGAUGAGCUGAGCGUUGUGAAGGAGCUGGAUGGUGUGGCAGUGGACCAGGACCAGGUGCUGGAGGUGUACACCCGCUGUAUGACAGGCUGCCGCUUCCUCACAGCAGACAUACAGGAAAGUCACAGCUACCUGAGUAACUUGCAGAGUCUUGAUCCUAGGUCCCCGAAGGUGAAGGUUCUGAUGAAAGAGAUGAAGCAGCUACAGCAGAAUUUGCCCGUGCACCCGAAUGCCGCCAUCUUUGUUGUACAGGAGGAGGAGCGUAUUGAUGUGAUGCGAGCGCUGGUAACGGGGCCCGUUGGGACACCCUACAGUCUGGGUUGUUUCGUGUUUGACAUCUACUUCCCCGCCAGCUACCCAAACAGCGCCCCGCUGGUGAAGAUCAUCACCACGGGAGGCGGAAGUGUCAGAUUCAACCCCAACCUGUACUCUGACGGCAAGGUGUGCCUGAGUUUACUGGGCACAUGGCAUGGGGGUGAUGCCAGUGAGAAGUGGAACCCUGCCAAGUCCAGCAUCUACCAGGUGCUGGUGUCGAUACAGAGCCUCAUCCUCAUCCCAGAUCCCAUGUUCAACGAGCCCGGCUACGAGGGGAUGAAGGGCAAGACAGAGGGAGACCGUCAGAGCACGGCCUACAACUGGAAGAUCCGACUCAACACCCUGAGACAUGCUGUGCUGGGACAGCUAAGAAACCCUCCACCUGGCUUAGAGAAGGUGAUUCGCCAACAUUUUGCAGUUCAAAAGGAUUGUGUGUUGAGGCAGUGUAGGGACUGGCUGGCAGAGUGCCAGGAUGAGGAUCAGGCCAAACGACUAAGGCAGCUAGUUACUGCCAUAUAUGCACAACUCCAACAACUGCAGGUUGAGGAGGAGGAAGAGGAGGAUGCAGAUUAGGAGGAGGAAGAGGGUGGAUGGUGACUGGUGGAACAAUGGAUAGUGGGAUGGCUGUUGUGGUUGGGUGUAAUCAAGGUCAAGGGUCGGCCUAACUUCAUUCUUCAUUAGCUCUGUCAACAGGGGAUUAAGCUAGGGUCUUCCAGCCUCAUCUUUGGGGAAUAUAUAGGAAUUGUUUGCAUACGGUACUUUUUGAUAGCAAUGUAAAUGGGGUUGAGAUGAUUGAUUGUAGGGACCUGUUUCAAACCCUACCUGUUUCAAUGCUACUGUUUCUGUGCUGGUUCAAUAUCUACAAGACAUGGUGGACAGCUUAAGAAUGAGUAUCUUCACUGUGUUUGAAAUUGCCAGAUUGAGGGAGCUGAACCCUGGCAUGUAUGUUUCUCCUAAUAGUGACAUUAUAUUGUGCUCAAAUCAUUAGGAAUUUAGUGUGUUGUCUUUAAGUCCCCAGUAUUUGCACAAAAAAUAUUUGAAUCUCACUUUUGACAGCUACUUUUGAAAGUGGCCAUUGUAACAUAAGACGAAAUGCAUGGAUGUUCCAAGAUACUGUCUGGUAACAGUAUAUAACUUUGUAAAUAUUUGAUAUUUAGUCUAGCUGAAGCAGCUCAGGAAAGGCAGAUGUGACAUAUAUAGUAUCAUGCUAUAUCUCGUGUGUGUCACAUGAUCAGUUGACCAACUGACAAAUCACCAAGGAACACAAAUAUAGCAUGCGAUCUUGAAUCAUGAGACUGUGUCUCUAUGUCGGUGGACAUGUCUUGCAUCGUGAGACUGUGUCUCUAUGUCGGUGGACAUGUCUUGAAUCAUGAGACUGUGUCUCUAUGUCGGUGGACAUGUCUUGCAUCGUGAGACUGUGUCUCUAUGUCGGUGGACAUGUCUUGCAUCAUGAGACUGUGUCUCUAUGUCGGUGGACAUGUCUUGCAUCGUGAGACUGUGUCUCUAUGUCGGUGGACAUGUCUUGAAUCAUGAGACUGUGUCUCUAUGUCGGUGGACAUGUCUUGCAUCGUGAGACUGUGUCUCUAUGUCGGUGGACAUGUCUUGCAUCAUGAGACUGUGUCUCUAUGUCGGUGGACAUGUCUUGCAUCGUGAGACUGUGUCUCUAUGUCGGUGGACAUGUCUUGCAUCGUGAGACUGUGUCCCUAUGUCGGUGGACAUGUCUUGCAUCGUGAGACUGUGUCUCUAUGUCGGUGGACAUGUCUUGCAUCGUGAGACUGUGUCCCUAUGUCGGUGGACAUGUCUGGCCAGUACCUAAUUCUUCAUGCACUUGACUUGCAUUUUUCAAUUCCCGAAUGGCCGUCAUGGAUGAUCAUUACCAUUUCUGCUUGUAGACUUCUUGGUUUGACUAGUGGUUCACCUCUACGGAUGAGAUGAGAGUGGAGCUUCACAUUUGUGAGUUAGCCAUCCAUUUCUGAUUAAACUUAAAAAGCUCCUGCAUUUCCUGGUCUUCUUUCGAGGGGUUUUCAAACUGGUUCUUGGCACACAUUGGAGGGUUAUUUUUCAAUUCCUGAUUCUGUGUCGACUGCGUUGUCAGUUGGGCACUCCGAGAGGAAUGUCCUUGACAGAGUGUCUGCAAAAGACAUCUACUUUACUGGUGCAUACGUCACAGUUGAUAUUUCUGCAAUCUCUUCAUCAUUCGUAGCAGGCUCGGUGAUGCUUUGCACAGUGCCUUUCAGAGAAUAGUUUUGACUGGUUUAUGGUCGCUUUAACAGUUUUGCCAUAGAUGUACUGGUUAAACUUCUCACAUGUGAAAACAGUAGCCAAAGCUCUUUUUCAAUUAGUGCGUUAUUUCUUUCUAAUGGUGUACAAGCUCUCGAUGCAUAUACCGGAUUUCUUUCUUAAAAGGGCACUGAUCUAAAGCAAUUCCCUGGGACUGGUUGUUGCCUUUGUUAUUGUUUUUCACCGUGGGUACCCGGAUGAUACAUGCAGAAAUCUAGACUAGUUUGCGACCUGUGCUGCGUCAUUCGUAA